AUAAAAUAAAAUAUCAAAGAAAAGUGUCAAAAGUUGAAAAACCAGAUGUCCAUUUCUUCUUGAAGCCACCUUCAAAAAAAAGUUUCUUACUUCCACGUCACACGCAUUUCCAAUUUCCUGAGUUUCCCCCAAUUCUACCUUAAAUUCCUCACUCUCUAGUGAGUCCAACACAUCUCACACACACUUUUGAUUUUUUUCGCUCACUCCAAAAACACUCUCCACCGAUUUUUCACAACCCAGAGAAAGAGAAACCAAACCAGCCCUUUUGAAAGAAAAAUCAAAAUAAAAAAAAGGGGUUUAAUUAAUCAAAGAUGCAAUACAAGAACUUGGGCAGAUCGGGAUUGAAAGUAUCCCAGCUUUCAUACGGGGCAUGGGUUACAUUUGGGAAUCAGCUUGAUGUCAAAGAAGCCAAGAAUCUGCUCCAGUGUUGCAGGGAUCACGGGGUGAAUUUCUUCGAUAAUGCAGAGGUUUAUGCCAAUGGCAGAGCUGAGGAAAUCAUGGGACAAGCCAUCAGGGAGCUUGGGUGGAAGAGAAGUGAUGUGGUCAUUUCCACAAAGAUCUUCUGGGGCGGGUCGGGUCCCAAUGAUAAAGGGUUGUCCAGGAAGCAUAUCAUUGAAGGGACUAAAGCUUCAUUGAAGAGAUUGGAUAUGGAUUAUGUCGAUGUGAUUUAUUGCCACAGGCCUGAUGUGAAUACUCCGAUUGAAGAAACUGUGAGGGCUAUGAACUAUGUCAUUGAUAAGGGCUGGGCUUAUUAUUGGGGGACAAGUGAAUGGUCCGCUCAGCAGAUCACUGAGGCUUGGUCGGUUGCUCAAAGGUUGGAUCUUGUGGGUCCCAUCGUUGAACAGCCUGAAUAUAACUUGCUCUCCAGGCAUAAGGUUGAGUCUGAGUACCUUCCUCUGUACAAUAACUAUGGGAUCGGUCUUACCACGUGGAGUCCACUUGCUUCUGGUGUGUUAAGUGGAAAAUACAGCUUGGGCUCUCCUCCUCCUUCUGAUACCCGGUUUGCAUUGGAUAACUACAAGAAUCUGGCAAACAGAUCUCUGGUGGAAGAUGUAUUAAGGAAGGUGGACGGAUUGAGACCUAUAGCGAAGGAGUUGGAUGUCUCUUUGCCUCAACUUGCUAUUGCUUGGUGUGCUGCAAAUCCUAAUGUUUCUUCUGUUAUUACUGGAGCUACCAAAGAGUCUCAGAUUAAAGAGAACAUGAAGGCUAUUGAAGUCAUUCCAAAGCUGACAUCUGCAGUGAUGGAAAAGAUAGAAGCUGUCGUUCAAACCAAACCAAAGCGUCCCGAUUCUUACAGGUAGACAAGUUGAAGGACCAAAGGGUGUUAGUAUCGAUCUUUUAAAGCGACUUGCCAGCCAUUUUCUUUUCUUUGCCCGUCACAAUGAUGCUAUUCAGAAGGAUUCUGUAUGCUGUUUAUCAAGUAGGCUGUGCAUAUCAUUUUCAGUAUUAUUAUUGUUGGAUGUUUCUUCAUUCAUGUGUUUGUUUUAUAAAGCCUAGACUCGUCAUGAACUUUCAGGGUGUGCUGUUUGGUUAUUGUAUUCGACUCAUUUGAUUUCUGUGUGUAAGUGCGAUGUGGGCGCCCUUCUGUUUCGUUGACGUGUAUUUAAGUUUGUUUGGGGGUGGG